GUUUUGCAGCUCUGCUCUGACAUACCAAAAGAUACAUAAAUUUAGGGAUAAUCUGAAAAAUGGAAACCAUAAAUGAAGUCAAAUCGGAUACUGAAUUAAUGCUAGUAACAGCCAAUGUUGGAAGUUUGUUUGAAGAUCCCAAAAGACUUCUUUCAAUAUGGCUGGAAGAGUUUAUUGCCAAAGUAUCGGAAACGAAGCCAAGAUUCUUAGCUUUACAUUUACAAGAAGUGGGUGGGAAGACCUACGAGAACUCCAUGGAUCACGUACAGCAGUUUAUCCAAUGUUUGUGCGAGACUAUGAAAAGCAUGGAAUACACAUACGUACGCAUUUAUAUGGACGAAGAUUUCAAAUCUGCAGAGCAUUUUACUGCCCUUGGAAACAUUUACUUUGGCCAUAAGGAUUUAUGUACUUUAAGAAUUUGGAAUUUUCUGAAACAUGACUGGGAGGAUAAACUGGAUGACGAGCAAAUCUUUUCUGGAAAUAUCGAAGCAAUUUCAACCAAAGAGAAAUCAAAGUUUCCCCAACACUUUUUUCCGGAAUGCAAAUGGUCACGUAAGGGGUUUAUGCGAACACGUUGGGAAAUUAAUGGCACUGUCAUUGAGCUAGUCAAUAUACACCUUUUCCAUGACGCCUCUAAUUUGGCUGCUUGUUCAGAUUUCCCUUCUGUCUACUGCAAAACAAGGAGAAGAGCCCUAAUACAUACUAUUGAAAGGUUCCACUUGGAUGACAAAAAUGGAUCCGUCCCUUUUUUUUUGUUUGGAGAUUUUAAUUUCCGAUGUGACACUGCAGGCGUUGUAAAAGAAUUGACUGCAGAUUUAGUUGCUCAUCGCGUCCAAAGUAUGAAAACUGAAAACACCAAAAUUCAUUAUCGCAACUCCACUGGCAAUAAUAUACUUACUGUGGGUAAAAAGGAAUUUAGUCAUGCCGAUCAUCAGCUUAAGUUCAAAGAACAUUGGUUAAAAAAGUUUGAUAAAGAGUUGGAGCCACUUACCGAAAUUCUGAUUGAAUAUCCAAUAACAUUUAUUCCGUCAUAUCCCUUUGAAGAAGAUCCUGAAAUGCCCACCGACUAUAUGUCGACUAGGUGUCCAUCAUGGUGCGAUCGAAUUCUGAUGACUCCGCAAGUUAAAGACAUAACUAAAAGUAACGAAUGGAAAUAUGAUAUAAUCGGAGAAUCUGUCUGCAUGGGCGACCACAAGCCCAUAUACUUAACUGUCCGUCUAAAGCAAAAUAAAGGUACUUAUAGAUCAUGUGAUUGCAGCUGUACAAAUACUCAAGCAAAUAAUAACAACAAGUUGACAUCAACCGUUCAAUGCAAAUUCUGUCCGUAUUCAAAUAAACUUUUCACUGAAAUCGUAAAAGGAGAUCGAAAUCCACACCAAGAAAAGAUAUUGCAAGACUCGUCAUCCAUCAAAACUGAUGCAAAGAUUAUAAAUACGAUAGAAUACGAGGACACAAAAAUGAAAUAUUCGUUUAACUAUCCACAUAUUAGCAUCAAUGUAGUUGACACCGAUAAUACAUGUGUCUGCAUGUGUACAGCAUUAUCAGACAGUAAGUUGCGCGAUAAUGAAUAUGCGACUCAAGCAACUCGAAAUAUUUGUCCAAUGUGCCAUAAUAUAAUAAAAAGCACAUUUUCGAAUAGUAUAAGCGAAAACAUAAUAGUAAAUCGAAUUGACAUGCAGCAUUUAAAUACUUGUAUUGAAAACAAACAUGUCGACCCAUACACGCCAGAAAGCAAUGAGUCUCAUUCACCAUAUCCAGAGCUAAGAAGCACUUCCACAACUACCUCAAGCAAUAGUUGCAAUCCGUUUAAUGCUGAGCUCAUGCAAUGCGAAUUGUGUUUAGAUAAUACAAAUUGUGAUCAUAAGAAACAUCUCUGCAAGCAGGUUCAAAACGACAAUUUCAUCAGUACGAAGUCUGUGAAAACAAUCACCGAGAAACAAUCAAGAGCUACUGUAACACCUGUGCAAUUAAAGUCUCGAUUAGAAGACCUACAACGAAUAUCUAUGCAUAAAGCGGAUAGGGAUGACAUUACUGUUAGAAACGAUGAUGUUGAUAAUGUUGAACCUAUUUGCUCUGCAAAAACUUUCUCAAACAGUCAAAAUCGCAACCAAAGUAUUUUUAAUAUGUGUUGUAGCAUUCACUAGUUUAAGUUUAUUUUUAUCAUUUUUAUUGUAUAUUAUUAUUUUUAAGUUCAUUCUUUUUAAUAUACAUAUACUAGUAUCAAAUACUAUUGUCUUAAAUAUUGUUCGUACAAAAGUAAUCCUUUACCUACUUAAUGCUUGCAUUCGUUUUUCAACAUUUCGAUGGGUAAAAUUAUGUACAUGCUACCUUACCGAAAUAAAUGUUGUUAUAUUCUUUUCUCA